AUGCAGCUCUCGCUUCUAACCAACUCACCAGGUCACUGCCUCACUCUAACCCCUUUACUCUCCCCAUAUCCCCCCUCUCCCCCUCUCCCCCUCUCCACCUCUCCACCUCUCCAUCUCUCCCCCUCUCCCCCUCUUCACCUCUCCAUCUCUCCCCCUCUCCUUCCAUCCCACCACAGUGUGCUCGACUUCAACCAACUCACCGAAUCACUGCCGCAAGGCCUCUCCACACUCACCAGUGUUCUCAACUUCAACCAGCUCACUGGGUCACUGCCGCAAGGGCUCUCCACGCUGUCUCGUCUCUCCAGGCUUGCACUGGGCAAUAACCGUUUCGCCAGCUCUCUCCCGGACUGGAUCGGCGGCCUGUCCCUCCUGGAAACGCUCGACGUCAGCAGGAAUAACUUAUCCGGCCCCAUCCCUUCCUCCAUUGGCAAUCUCCGCAACCUCACCUUCCUGAGCCUGGAAUACAACGCCUUCACCGGUCCUCUUCCCGCCACCCUUGGCUCCCUCACCACCCUCGCGUACCUUAACCUCGACAACACAUCGCUCACCUGCCCCACCACCCCAGCCUCCUGUGAGGUGCCUCAGGACCCUCUAUCCGUCUUCUGUGUCGACUGCCCCACCUUCUGCUCCCAGUGCUCUGCUGCUG